AGAAUGGGAGGCAAUAACAGGCAGAAGAAAUCUUCAUCAUCUUUUUCUUUAUUCGGUAUGUUCAAAGGUGGCAAAAACUCGUCGAGGGCGAAACGGGGAGAAGAAGUGAGGGACGAAUACGUGAAUGCUUACAAAGUGUACCCGAGCGAUGAGGACAGAGGCCGGUGGGUGGCUGAGCCAGGAAUCGACAAGAAAGCCUCCGCUUUCAUUUCUUUAACUACCGAUAGAUGGGAAAAACUCGGCGUCGCUAAUUACUAGACGACACACUAGUUCAUUAUUUUGCUCCUCUCGUGCUUUCAUUUUUAUUUAUUUUUCCAUCUGAUCGAAAAACAUAUGUUAUUCCACAUUAUUUCGUUAAUAAUUCCGAAAUGUAAUUUUUUUUUC